AUGGUUUUGAAUCUAAUUCGAGAAGCCAUUCAACUCAUUCAUGAGAGUGAUAAACAAGAACUUUCAGAUAAGCUGACAUUAACAGGGUUCUAUAAGUAUUUCCUUUUGUCUUCAAAGACAAAGAAAAUUCCAAUGUGCACUGAUUGUCAGACGUAUCAAAAAAAUCCAGACCAAAAAUCCUGUCCUAAAUGUGGGAAAUUAUGGAAAGAUAUCAAAACUCAUUGCUUUUUACGCCCAUUAAAAUUCCAAUUCGAGGAAAGGAUAUUCAGAGAGCCACAAUUUUUGGAUCAAUUUAAACUUGAUAAUCGUGAUCCCCAACUUAUCCAAGAUCGCUGUGACGGAGACAUCUACAAAAACAUUCACAAAAAAUUCGUAGAUGCAGGAGGAAAAACUAUGACGUUAUUUGGUGACGGUGUUGCUCCGUUUAAAUCUAGUCAGCAAAGCUUUUACGAAUUCUCUAUCACAUUCAAUGAGAUGAAAUCAAAUGUAAGAAAGAAGCGCAAGAAUAACUUUUUGUGGCUACUAUUUCCUAACAAACCAUCUCAAGAAGAAAUCAAUUUGUGUUUGAAAAUCAUGAUGGAUGAUUUGAAUGUGUUCAAUGAUCAAUUUAAACAAAUAUCAUUGAGAUUAGAAAGAGUAAUUGCUGACUUACCUGCAAGGUCUAAAAUUCUCUUAUUUCAAAAAUCAGGGUAUUAUUUUUGCCAUUUAUGCAAGAUUCGAGGGGAACCUGUUCAGUUAUCAGGAGGAACUACUCAAGUUAGAUAUCCACUUAGGAGAGACAUUUCUAGCAAUCAACGAAUUGUUUUUGGUUUGAGAGAUCGACAUUUUUGGAAUAAUGUUUCGGGAAAAGAGUUGUCAUGGGGUGUUCGUAGAUAUUCUCCAAUAUUAGACCAGAGUUGGAAACCAACUCCCACUACAAUAUGCUCCUAUGAUUCAAUGCAUAACUUGUAUGAAAGAAUUAUGCGUGACAUGAUGGAGAUGAUUCCACUUCAAUAUUGGGACGAGUUCGACAAGGAAUAUCUCAAGCAAAAAUUUCCUUCGUUCUUACAUAGACACCCGAGAUCAGUUUCCAAAAAUUUAGUACACCUUAAGGCAAUGGAGAUAUAUAUGAUUAUUCACUAUUAUCUAGAUCUACUUCAGGAUGUUAAGAAUUUCAGUAUGAUUGAGUUGAAGUAUAAAAUUAUUAAGAGAAUGGUUGUUGUAAUUGACAAGUUAACAGAUGCCAUUAAUAUAGCUGAUUUGAAUUCAAUUAAUGAGGAAUUAAGAGGUAUUUUGGAGGAUUAUCAAGAGAUGGUGGGCAUUGCAAAGGCUACAAUGAACUUCCAUGUAGCUAGUGAUAUGGUGCGAAAUGCAAGCCUAUAUGGUCCAUUGGCACAUAAUACAGCCUUUGUUGGGGAAAAUCUAAACUUCACAUUGACCAAGCCGUUCAUUUCAUCAAAUUCUGCAAGGUAUUCUAUUAUGUUUUUUGAUAUGGCGCAGUUAUGCGAUAUAUUUGGUUUAAGUGAACUCAAACCUUCGGAAUGUGUGUGUGGUCAUUUCGUAUUGAAGAAAGAGAGAGAUGUUGUGGCUGAUACUUCUUGUACUCCUGCAAAAUACUUCAAGAUCAAAUCAUUCACGGAUUCCACAGUGACUUUGCAGAAUUUGUCAGACAGGUCUGUGAUUGAAGUGUCCUACAAAGAGCCUCUGGUUCCUUGUGUUACUGUUACUAGAAAGGGGAAGAGUUAUUUCAUUCCGAUGCACAAGAACGUAAAUCAAUAUAUUUAA